AUGUCUAGGCUUCAGCAGAAUUCGAAAUGGCUGGUGGUUAAGACUGAGAAGCACUUUCGAAAGGCCAAGACAAAGGUGGUUUCCAGGUUGCAGUUCCCUGUGGGGCAUAUUCAUUAUCGCCUGAAAUCUAGGACAAGCAGCCAUGGAUGUGUGGGCAUGACUGCUGCUGUGUACAGUGCAGCCAACCAGUGGUACUUCACUGCAGAGGUGUAUGAACUAGCAGGAAAUGCAUCAGAAGACUUAAAAGGUAAAAUGCAAUACCUCUUAUUACUUGCAACUUACUAUAUUCAUGGUAAUGAAGAAUUAGAGUUACUUAUCAAGGCUACAAUUGUUGGUAGUGGUGUUAUCCCGCACAUCCACAAACCUCUGGGAAGAGAGGGCAACAGAAAGGAGACUCUGUCUAAAGGAUACCUGGAUUUCUUAUCAUCUCAGGAUUCUAAAUACUUUAUCAGCUGUCCAGAGUCAAUGAUUCCAACAUUUCUGUGA